AUGAUGUAUUUACUCUAUAACAUAUUAUGGCUAUCCAUCCAGCAUUUACAUUUGGCCAACGGCCAACUGGGCAUUCGCAACUCGUCAACCGACCUCGUUCCUAUCUAUCAGCCUUACUUCUCGAACCUGAGACAGAAUCCUGCAACAUUUAAUCCUGCCCUUGGUGGACAGGACUGGGGGAUGUGUUGCAACUUAGUUGUUAACGAAAGCCUCGUUAUCGAAAACAAUACACUCUAUAUUCGGGCUGGGCAAACCUUUUUCACGGGCACAAUAAAUGAUCUUGAAGAGUUUCCUAGGUUUCCCUGCGGCGCAAAAUACAACGGAACUUUAUCGGCGCCUCAUCAACAAUUUUGGAUGCCUUACUCGUGGUGUUACAACCAUUGCCCCGGAUGGCCUGUUACAAAGGCGAACGAUCUCGGAAAAUGGCUGAAACCCCUGAUUGCGUUCAUACUACCGUCACUCAUUUUUUGCCUUAACGUUCCUCGUCGCCGCCGCCUCGAACUGCCGACUAGUUUAUUCUCUGGCGGAUCUAUCGAUAUAUCAAGUCUCCCUCUGUUUAUUCUUAAAGUCCCUCUUACUUCAUUUAUUGUUACACUUGACAUUAAUCCAAUAAUCACAUCGGGUAUUUAUGAGGCCCUUCUUGAUGCUCGAGUCUUGUCGUAUCUAGAAAGUCGAAGUAAAGAAAACUCUCUUUCUGCCAAAGAGAAAGCUCAUACUCUACUUUCGAUCUUGAUAGGCAACCUUGAUAUUCAAGCUUGGCACUCGAGUAGCCUAUUCGUACACAAUAUUCCUGGAGGCGUCUUUCGAAGAAGGCCCAGCGCUCAGCUCACGAAACCAAAUAUCGAUUCAAGGAUAGAAGUUCCACGCCCAUUAGACUUAAUUACUCCAAGCCACUCCCAUAGUGCCAGUACCUCGAAUACAUCAACAAAAAUCGCUACGACAGGAAGGUUUAAACAGUCAUCGUAUAGUAUUCAGCAACGCCGGAGUAUUAUUGCUACUAAAUGGCGCUUAUUAGCUAUGUUGGACUCACAAAUCAGCUUUGGUACUUCAGUCGGCGCGCCAGUUCUUUUUUAUAUUGCAUCGUUUAUCUGGUCAGUCUAUGAAGUUCGCGAAGAACUAGGUUCCUAUGUCACAGCACACCAAUUAGCUGCUGGGAUGUUCUGGAUGACGAUACCCCAUGUCGCUCUUGUUAGCUGUCUUCUCCUUGCUGGGAACAACCCGAAUAUAUGGCAAAAUGCUGUCGCCGAGUCCCUACUCAUUUCCGACCCCUUUACCCCUAUAGAUUCCAUGAGAUUGGCAGACACCGAUUUAGAAUCUGAUCCCGGUGGGGUUCGGAAUCUUCAUAGCUCAGAGUUUACUUCGAAAGAUCCAAGAGCGAUCAGAUAUACCAGAUCGAUUGUAUCUAAGUUGGCGAACCGCAUUUUUGAGUUGGCUUACAAGGAGUCCAGAUUCAAGCCAGCGUGGAUGUGGAAUAGGGGAUCCAAUAAGGCCAUGUGGAUCACGAAACUUGGUGACGAAUACCCAUAUCUUCGAGGAAUGCGGGAGGAAGUACUAGACAGAAACUUCAAAAAGGAUCUCUGGACCUCAGGCUUUUAUGGAUUUACCCUUUACUUCGUACCAACAUUCUUCAGCGUACUGGUCAGCUAUACUACUCCUCGGCCUGGUUUCGGCUGCCGUUCCCUUAUCGUGUUUGCCUACGGCAUAUCGCAACUGAUCCUUCAGCUUCUGUGGUUGCUGCGGUGGUACUUCUCUAAGCGUGACACGCGCGGUAACCCUAACAAUACAUGGUAUACGGUAAUAAAGUCAACUUCAAUCUACUUAUGGUACUUGAUAUUUUUAUUUGCAAUAUUUAUUGGAACUUUCACUAGUAUUGGGGGAACAAUAUUUGUACUUACAAAUGUCUUAACUAAUUGCUUCUGUGCGAUUCCGGCUAAGUACUGGCGAGACCGCUGGACAAAUCCCGAAGCGCUUAUAUUCGUCGAUGACUCUACGUGGGAACAGUUAUAUUACGCCGAGAAGUGGUGGUUUCCAGCUGGCGUCAUUGGUGUUGUUUUCAUGACUAUUGUUGCCUACAUCGGAUGGUGGUAUCAAAGGAGUCUACGCCAGCGCUACUAUGACUUGGUAAGUAAUAUUGACCACGUUAACGACAUUGAAUUUGAAGACGAAGAAGUAUCCGAUAUCGAUAUUUAUCAUAUCAGGGAAGAUACCAUUAAUACUAUCCAUAAUACCUAA